AUGACUCGUGCUGCAACACAAUCCAAAUCUCAAGCCCAAGAAGAUUCUGAUUGCAAGUAUCAAACUGUUAUUGUAGCCUAUCUGAAGAAACAAAACCGACCUUACAAUGCUACAGAUAUCUUUAAUAAUCUUAAAGGAUCGAUUGCAAAAGCAUCGGUCAUCAAGUCACUGGCUACAACUGCUGAUCAAAAACUCAUCUUGUCCAAGACAUAUGGAAAACAAAUUAUUUAUGCUCCGAUUCAGAACCAUGAAACAUCUGCUGAUAUUGAGGAUAUGGUUGAACUAGAAGCUGCACUUGAAACUGCUUUAAAAGAUCUGGCUCUGCAUCGUGAGAUAUUGAAAGGAUUGAAUAAUGAAUUGGCAAUCCUGACAAAGUCUCCAACAACCCAUGACAUGCAAGUAGCCGUAGAAUCUUUUACCCAAAAGAACCAAAUUCUUGAUGAUCGACUUCAAGUUCUAUCAAGCGGUCAACAACUUGUACCACCCAAACAAAUCCAGAUGAUAAAGUCUCAGUACAUUGCCUACAGACAGGAAUGGAAAUAUCGAUACAAGAUGUUUAAAAAUGCAUGGACUCAAAUUUAUGAUGGAUCGCGCAAUGAAGAACAAAAACUCAUGUCCAUUAUCGGAAUCGAAACUGAUGCCGAUGUAGGCGUCAAAUAUGAAGAAUAA